CAGCGAAGAGUCUCUGGAGCUGGAUAGGGCCGCUCAGGCACGGCCGGGAAGGGAAGGGCGCCAGGGAGGAGUCGAAGCGCGGCGGAGGAGGAGCUGCCGCCGCCGCCGCUGCGCUUUGCUCCCCCCGCGAGGAGCUUGCCUGCGUCAGGUCCUGCUGGCAACUCGGCAAAGUUCAGAGGAGGCAGGAAAGCGGCGCCUUUGAGGCGAGAGGACAGCCGAGCCGAGCCCGGGCGAGAGCAGGGAGGAGGGCUUUCCCAGCGCGCCCGGGGAGCACGCGAAGGCGCCUCCCGAGGAAAAGUUUGUGGCAGGGCAGGAGGGUGGGCGGCUGGGCUGCGGAGCUUGGUCCCAUGGAGGGGCUGGAGCUGCAGCAGCAGCCCGCGCCCGAGGAAGGCAAGAGCGCGCAGCCCUGAGCGGCGGCGCACGGUUCCUGAGGUCUCCAUGGGCGCUGGUGGGGCGCCUUAGGCAGGCGGGUGCCGUCAUGGCCAAAUGGCUGAAUAAGUACUUCAGCCUGGGCAACAACAAGACCAAGAGCCCCCCGCAACCGCCCCGGCCGGACUAUCGGGACAAGCGCAACGGAACGGCGGUGGCGGGAGGCGGAGGGCACCACAACCAUAACCACCACCAUCACCACAACCACCACCACCACACGUCGCCCUGCUUCCCGCGCCACGACACCAACGACCUGCUCCGCGCCUAUCGCGCGCAGAAGGAGCGCGACUUCGAGGACCCCUACAGCGGGCCCGGCUCGUCGCUGCGCAAACUUAGGGCGCUCUGCCGCCCCGAGUACUGCGCGCCUGAGGAACUGCUGGGCGAGCCGGCCGGCCCCAAGCCCUUCUCGUCGUCGUCGUGCUGCGGCGGCGGCGGCAGCGGGGCCGCUGCCACCACCGUCGCCUCGGCUUCUCCCCAGCUCUUCCGCAGCCACAGCGAGCGGCGAGCGGCCACGCCACCCGAUACCGCUGCAGUCAAGUACAUCUCCCCCAAACACCGGCUUAUCAAAAUAGAAAGCAACGAAGUCUGCAAAGGCGGCGGUGGUGGCGCCCCCCCUAUCACCUGGAGCCCGCCGGGCAACACCGGGCCCGGGCAGAAGAAACUCAACAAGUGCGCGGAGCAGGCGGAGGUCGGCGGCGGCGGCAGCAGCAGCAUAUCUUGCACCAAGAAAGAGAAGGUCCUAAUAGCAGAUGAUUACUCUGACCCAUUUGAUGCCAAAAGUGAGGGGAACAAAACUGGCAAAGGAGAAAACACUGGCUAUAUGGAACCAUAUGAAGCCCAAAGGAUAAUGACAGAAUUCCAGAGACAAGAUAGCACGAAGCCACAACAGAAAGACAUCCAGCUGUACGACACGCCUUAUGAACCUGAAGGCAAUGGUGUGGAGUCGGAUUCAGAAAGUGUAGUGAGUCAGCGCUUGAGAGAAAGCAAGUUGCCACAGGAUGAUGACAGGCCUGCGGAUGAAUAUGACCAGCCGUGGGAGUGGAACAAGGUCACCAUUCCAGCCUUAGCAGCCCAGUUCAAUGGGGGAGAAAUGAGGCAGUCUUCACCUUCUCCUUCUUCAAGUGACCGGCGUCGACAGCUUCGGGCACCAGGGGGCGGCUUCAAACCCAUCAAGCAUGGUAGCCCUGAAUUCUGUGGAAUCCUGGGGGAGAGAGUGGAUCCAACUGUCCCACUGGAAAAACAAAUAUGGUAUCAUGGAGCAAUCAGUCGGACAGAUGCAGAAAACCUGUUGCGGUUGUGUAAAGAAUGUAGUUAUCUAGUGAGGAAUAGUCAAACCAGCAAGCAUGACUAUUCACUUUCAUUAAAGAGCAAUCAAGGGUUUAUGCACAUGAAGCUGACAAAAACCAAAGAUAAAUAUAUUUUGGGCCAGAACAGCCCUCCAUUUGACAGUGUACCAGAAGUGAUCCACUACUAUACUGCAAAAAAACUCCCGAUCAAAGGGGCAGAACACUUGUCGCUCCUUUACCCUGUUGCUGUUCGGACCUUAUAAUUGCUCUGACCGUGCUCCUUCCUGUGGAUUGGAGUUGAGGGGAUGAUGCAGAAGCAGCAGCAGCAGGCAUGCUCCUGUGCUGUCUAGUUUCUUGGAACUCGGAUGUCCAGUUCUGCCUUUCCAACAGACAGCUGCAGUUGUCAGCCAACUGAUGUAUAAAUAGUAUGGAUGGAAUUGUUGCACUACUUUUGCAUGUCCUGUGUGGAACUAUGAUUCUAUUUAUAUGAGAGGCGUUACAAUAGCAUUCAGACACAAAAGAAAUGGAACAUCUUCUAAAACCAGUUUUUUCCAUGAAUGGAAACGUUGCCAAAUCCAAAGAAUGGCCUUCAAACUUUCCUGCCUGUGACCAAUAACGUGUCCUUCACCCAGUCUGUGGGAACACAAUUUUCCAGUGAUCCAAACAGAAACUUAAAAUGGACAGACAGACUUGGGGGUGGGUGGCAGCGGCUAAGAGAAAACUGGCCCGUUAGCCUUGGUCAGCACUCAAGACCUGAGAACUGUGCGUUAUGCACCCAACCCCAAAAUUUCAUGAUGCGAUUUAAAGAGCUCAAUGAGUAAUUUUGCAAUAGCAUAAAAGUGUUCAGUUAUUUAUGAAUAGGGUAUGUACUUAAAUAGUGGUUUAAUAUAUAUAUUUUUAUCCCCACCCCCUUUUUUGGUACAAUAAUAAAAUUCUAAGGGUUUUAUGUUCUGAUUCCUAGAUUAAAGGCAGUGAGUCGGUUCUGC